AUGAAAGGCCCCCUUUCCGGGCAUCAUGAAGCUGUUCCUGGCCGAGAUUUGUUCAACUACACGUCAGGACGAUGGAUCCACGACGAGCAUCUCCGCAAAUCUCAACGCAGACGCCCGUUCCACGUCGCGGAACUCAAACGCCUGGCCGCCGCCGCGAUCAACGCGCCCGCCACCGAGGUCGCCAGCCUCCAGAAACUCGGCGAGGGCGGCUUCAACCGCACCUUCCUGGUCACCAUGCGCGACGGCUUCCAGCUCGUCGCCCGCAUCCCCUACCCCGUCACCGAGCCCAAGUACCUCCUGGUCGCGAGCGAGGUGGCCACCAUCGAAUACCUACGUCGGCGGGGGUUUCCCGUGCCCCGCAUCUACGGAUACUCGGCCACCGCGGACAAUGCCGUGGGCACGGAGUAUAUCUUCAUGGAGUGCGCGGCGGGGCGGCGCCUCACGGAUCGCUGGUUCGAUCUGUCGGAGCAGGAGCUGGCGGGGGUGGUGGAACGGAUCGUGGCGCUGGAGGCGAGGCUGUUUGCGCUCGAUUUCCCGGCGAGCGGGAGUCUCUUCUUCGAGCGGGACCUGCAGUGCAUGGAGACGGUGCGGGUUGCGGAUGAGGCGGGUGCCGUGAGGGAGGGUCGGUUUUGCAUGGGGCCCGAAGUGACUCGGGGGCUUUGGUUGGGGAAACGCCGGAUCCUGCCGGUGCAUCGUGGUCCAUAUACGAGCCCUGUCGAUGUUCUGGCUGCCGGGGCUAGGAAGGAGAUUGUAUAUCUCGAGGAAUAUGGUCAGCCCGUGCGAGCAUCGAAGCAUCUCCCCGCAAAUCGGUCAUACAAGCAGUCGCCCAGGGACCAUAUCAACAAUUUGACCGACUACCUUCAGGUUGCGCCGUACUUGAUUCCGAGCGACACGUCUCUGACACGACCCACAAUCCGGCAUCCGGACCUGCAACCCAGUAACAUAUUCGUCAACGAGGACCUGGAGAUUACGGGCCUGAUCGAUUGGCAGUAUAGCACUAUCCGGCCACUGUUCCUGCAAUGUGGGGUCCCGACCAAUUUUCAAAGCGCGGAUGGCGAUAUCCCCAGCCUACUGCAAGAGCCACGAUUGCCGGAUGGGUUCGACAGGCUGAGCGAAGCUGACCAACGCUGCGAGCGAGAGCUCUUCCGAAGCCGCUGGCUGCAUUACUGCUAUCUCAUGGCGACGGCGAAGCUCAACCCAUCCCAUCAGGCCGCCCUGACCGGGGACUUGGGGGUAUUACGGCGGAGGUUGUGCCACCAGGCGGCUGUUCCCUGGGAUGGGGAUAAUGUCACCCUCAAGGCAGAUUUGAUUCAGCUGACGAUGAAUUGGGAUCGGCUUGUACGAUCGGAAGAUGCGGACGCCGCAGCCUGCCCGAUCGCGUAUAGUCAAGACGAGGUGAAUGAGUGCCUGCAGUUGAGCACUGCGCAGGUGGAGUUGGAUGAGCAAAAGCGAUUGUCGAGGGAGGUACUGGGUGUUGGAUCUCAGGGAUGGGUGGCUGCGGAGCGAUACGACGGUGUAAAGGCAUGCGAGGAGGUUUUGAAGAUUGAUGGGCUGUCUGUUACCGAUGCGAGUAAAGAAAGCAUCUUAGGUUAGUGAGUCUCUAGAAGAUUGAGCAGGUGGGUGGCUUGUUGAUGGUCGCAUUGAAUCACAAUAAGAGGUUCACCUGAGGUUCACGCCAGUGUCACUUGAGAUAGGCUUCACCAGUUGGUGGUCCUUGAGGGCCGAGAGACGCGAUGUCACUGUUGAACCCUGCGGCGCAGUCUUUACCUGGUUCUUCUUCAGACAAGAUAGAACUUGCAAGAC